AAGCUAAUUAAUCCCUGAAAUUCGUAUUAAUCUCUAGCGGGUGGUCUGCUGUCCGGGACGUGUUCGCUAAAUUGCCGCAAUGGGAUCCCUCUCCGCCGUCGCGGCCGACGCCAACCCCGUCGUCGACGACUUCUCGCCUUACUUCCGCGUCUACAAGGACGGCUCUGUCGAGCGCCUUAGGGCGGAGGAGCACACUCCGGCCUCCCUCGACCCCCGCACCGGCGUCGACUCCAAGGACAUCGCCAUCUCCGCCGUCGUCUCUGCCCGCAUCUAUCUUCCGUCCGCCGCUGCCUCCGGCGGCGGCGAUAGAGGCCGAAAGCUCCCCCUCGUCCUCUACUUCCGCGGGGGCGGCUUCUGCGUCCUCUCCGCCGCCUCCCCCGUCCUCCACGCCCACCUCAACGCCCUCGCCGCCGCCUCCUCUGUUCUCGUCCUCUCCGUCGACUACCGCCGCGCGCCGGAGCACAGCAUCCCCGUCCCCUACGACGACUCCUGGGCCGCUCUCCACUGGGCCGCCUCCCACCGCGCCGGAUUGGCCGACAUAGAUUUCGAUUUCUCCCCGGAAUCGUGGUUGGUGGAGCACGCCGACUUCGACAGAGUGUACCUCGCCGGCGAUAGCGCGGGCGGGAACAUCGCUCACAACCUCGCGAUGAGAGCGGCGACCCUGCCUCUGCCCGGCGGCGUGAAGCUCGCCGGGAUCGUUCUGCUGGAGCCUUACUUCUGGGGGACGCGGCCGACGGCGUCGGCCGCGGCGGCGGACCCGGUGAAGCGAGCGCGGUUGGACCGGCUAUGGCGGGUGGUGUGCCCGGCGUCGGAGGCCGGGAACGACGACCCGCUGGUGAAUCCGUUGGCGGCGCGCGCCCCGAGCUUGGCGGCGCUCGGGUGCGGCCGCGUGCUGAUCUGCACGGCGGAAAGGGACGCGAUGAGGGACUGGGCGUGGAUGUACUACGAGGCUCUGCGGGAGAGCGGGUGGCGCGGCGAGGCCGAGAUACACGAGGCGGCGGCCGAGGACCACGGAUUCUAUCUGCAUCGCCCCGAUGGCGACCGCGUCGCUCUGCUCCUCAAGAGAAUCGCCGCCUUCCUCACCUGAAUCCGUUCCGCAACACGGUUCGACGUACGCCGAACGAAGUCAACUUUCCUCAACGUAAUUACGUUGACUUUUUUUUUUAGUUUUUAAACGCAAUUCCCUUAUUAGGUUUCGAUCAUUUCGACGAGCGGUAAGAUCUGGGAACGAAUUUGAAAUCUCUGCAUGAAAUCGUCCUCGGAGAAUUCCCGAGGCGUAGUUUUGAAAAUAAAUAAAAAUUUGGGGGUGUCCUGAAA